AUGGAAGACACUCUCGAGAGACGAAUCACAGCCUUAGAGGAACGUCUGGGACUUUUGCCGAUCGGCACAGAGGCUAGCUUCAACUCGUCGAUUGAUUUCGACUUGCCGGCACUUCGACAAAAAAUCACUGAUGCCGGUUGUGGCUUCAUCUUGAAGAUUCCGUCGGAAGACGUGAAAAAACUGAACGAUCUUAUAAAUCAGGUGAAUAUUCAGCCGGAAUAUUUGACUUUUGCGGAAAAACAACGAGCCAUUGAAUUUGGUUAUGAUUUGAUGGUGGAACGUGCACGACUUUUAGAGGAGUUUGAGAAGGGUUUUCAGGUGAGUCAUUUUCGUGGGCAGUGA